UACAGCGGAGGAGGAAGAAGCAGAAGAAAGACGAUGUGGUUUAGAGGAGGAGUGAAAUUGAGAGCUUCAGUUCUCCAAGCAUGGAGUGGUAGCAACAACAGUAGUAUAGGGAGAAUGGCCGGUGAGAUAUUCGUUAGGCACAUGUCCCGGAAAUGCGCAGUGAACGUGAGGAAAAUCAACCCGAAGGUGCCGACGCAGGAAGCGUACGCCAUCUCCCAUUCUCUUUAUGAUAUCAUCAAGCUCCAUGGCCCUCUCACCGUCUCCAACACCUGGAUCCAUGCGAAGGACGCUGGUGUUAGUGGAUUAAACAGCAAAACACACAUGAAAAUAAUGCUCAAGUGGAUGAGGGGAAGAAAGAUGCUGAAGCUAUUCUGCAACCAAAUUGGUUCCAACAAGAAAUUUCUGCACUGUACUUUGCCGGAAGAACCUCAAAGUGACCAAUCGAAAACUGCUUCUGAACUAAAACUGCAAACCAAGAAGCCCUUGACUAAGAAGAAGGGGAAGAAGCAAAGAAAAUAAGAUGAGUGGAGAUCCGUUGCCAUUGCUUUUCCUGUUCUUUGGAACUUGUGUGCUUCCUUUUGUACGGAUGCUUCUUUGAGCUACCAUUUCCCAGCAUCAGCUUCAAAAUAACUUAGGUAUUAGGUUCUGAAGCCAGCCCGAAUUCUCCUUACGAAUUCUCCUUACAAGCAUUUACCUAGGAUUUAUUCUGAUAUGGUUUGCGCUGAAAUCGGAUGAUCUAUAAAACUGUGUAAAGAUUUUUCUCUGUUUGAAUUUCUUAGAAUGCAAUGAAACAGUCUGCACAUUUUACUAGAUUUGAUUAUACCAUGUUGGUGGUGUCUAGCAACAUUUUGCAA